AUGCCAUGGCUUGGACGCUUGACCCGGCCACUCAGUAGCACGUCGACGACACGUGUGCCAGGCUAUGUCUGUCCGAACUCAGCCGUGCGUUGGAUCACCUCCAUAUCAAGGGUGCCUAGUCUGCCGUCAUGGGACGUUGAACUGUUUCGCGAAAAGGCCUUCGAGCCAGCACUUCCUCAUACCUUAGCUCGAUGCGCAGCAGCAGACCUUCCUGCCACUUCUCUAUGGUUCACACAUGAUUCACAUCCAUUCAAUGGCGUCGAGUCCUUGAGUUCUGUUCCGGUAACGUUCGAGUUGAACCUGGACUUCUGGAAGCAGUAUGAGAACGAGGUCGUGCCACUGGAGUUGAGGCGGACAGACGAGGAGCCACGCUUCGAACGCAAAAUGCUUCCACUGAAGGUGUUACUGGACCACGACUCCUCCGUCGCCAGCGAGAGUAGCAGCACUUCCAUGACGAAGCGCAGUGUCUAUCUCGCACAAUGCUCGUUAUCGUCACUGCCAGCUGCGCUGCGCGACGCACUGCCUUUGCCGCCGCUGCUUCGGGCUGGCAAAGGUGAUAUCUACGAUUCGAGCCUGUGGAUGGGCAGACCGCCAACGUUCACUCCAAUGCAUCGUGAUCCGAAUCCAAACAUGUUUGUUCAGCUUGCGGGUCAAAAGGUCAUCAGACUCCUGCCGCCUAACGUGGGCCAGCUGGUAUUUCGGCUAGUGCAGCAGGCUGCCCACAGUGACAGCAAUUCUAGAUUUCGAGGCAACGAAAUGAUGGUUGGGAAGGAGAGCAAGGUGAUCGAGUCCGGCAUAUGGGGUUCGGAAAAUGAGCGGGAAGUUCCUCCAGUCGUUGAGGACAUCACUGCCGUUGUACAGAGAUACGGCCAAGAAGCGACGCUGAGCACUGGAGAGGGUCUUUUCAUACCAAAAGGCUGGUGGCACAGCGUGAGAGGUGUUGGGAAGGGCAUCAAUGCGAGUGUCAACUGGUGGCACCGCUGA